AUUUUAAGCAAAAAGUAAACAAAUUGCAAAACCGAACAUUACGUUAUUUGGUUUACCGGUGCUCGGAGUAGCGGGUGGCAUUUAAGAAGUCAAAUAGGUAAAAAUUUCCCAGUGCUUUUCACCUGGAAAUAUGUCAAAUCCUCAAACCAUGUCAAAACAAAAGGAAAAUAAAUGGUCAAAUUAUGCCCUGCGGAUUAUAGUCAAUACUGCUUCUCAUCCAUUCGAAUAUGCCAAAGUUCUUAUUCAGAUUGGUUAUGAACCACUUCCACCUAGACCUGCCAAAACAUUAUUUGGAAAACCAGCAUUGAAGUUACCAAAUAUUUUUGAAUAUGUGAAACACAUUAAGACAGUAGAUGGAUUUUCUGGAUUGUACACAGGCUUAGCCCCAAAAGUGUGUGGAAAUUUGCUGAGCUCUUUGGCUGCUCAGAAAUGUUCAGAUUAUUUUUCAGAACCUCAAGUUGAAGAUCCAGAUUUUGAAGAUGAAGAAUCAGAGGAAAAAAGAAAAGAAAAAUGGAUGUCGGCCAUGAAAUGUGAUAUAUUGACCCAUACUGCUGCAAUAGUAGUCUCGCAGCCAUUCCAUGUAAUAACUAUUAGAAUGAUGGCACAGUUUGUAGGAAAAGAAACAAAAUAUUUGGGUAUUUUUGGUUCCAUUAAAGAAAUUUACCAUCAAAAUGGUGUUUUAGGAUUCUUCUCAGGUCUUGUACCUCGAAUUUUAGGGGAUUUACUAUCGCUAAUUUUAGCUGGUGGCCUUACAUAUACAAUCAACAGAUAUUUAGUUGAAGAAAAAGAGUUGAAAGUGUAUACUGCUGCAACAAUGAAUUUUAUUUCCACUGCAAUUAUGUACCCCUUCCAAGUUGUAUCAAACUGUAUGGCAGUAUCAAACUCAGGGCUUGAAAUUGGUUCUCCGCCAAUGAUGCCUCACUAUACAUCAUGGGUUGAUUGUUGGAUGGACUUAUCAAGGCACCACCAACUUAAAAGAGGUUCUAGUCUUUUGGUUCGGUAUUACACAGGACCCCAUAUUACUGUAGCUGGAAAAUUGUUGCCCGUCACUAGAGAUCAGACCCUUUAUCCAUCCGACAAAUAAAAAAGAAACAACUGUUAGUCCUCAGUAAUAUUGUUGUCAAAUUUUUGAUGUAUAUAAAGCAUUUAAUAUUGUUUUAA